AUGCUUGAGUCCCUGCUACUCUGUCUCGUGGCUCUUCUCGUGCCGACAGUCGCCUGGCCAGAUGGUGCUCCGUGCGUUCACGCCGCUUUCGAGAGCAUGAAUCCGUUGGAAGCGGUUGAGCAUCAGGGAGGACUUCAGUUGACGACGCCCCCGUACGAGAUUGCAGUGGAUCAGAAGUGCUACUGGAGAAAUCAGCCGAUCGGAUGUGAGUUUGAGACCAUUCAAACCAAAAUAUUGCAAUUCGUUCUAGUGACUCUGCAAGGACUUAACGAGUCCGUCUGGUUCAAGGGAUUCGUGAUUCAACCGUUCAAAUGGAACAACGAUCAGUUGGGAGAGCGAUUCGGACAGCUGGUCCGGCUGGACGAUAACGGAUCGUGGCAGCAGCAGUGCUUCAGGUAUCAAGUCUCGGCCACGCACUCCCACGACGAAAAGAAGAAGCACAUCAAGAUGUGGUGGAAAGUGGACGAUGAGGUGGACACUGUCCAGUUCGUGUGAGUUCUUCCCUUUUCCUCUGUGCAUCCAGACACCUUCCUUCUUUUCAGUGCGACGGUCGUCAAGCAUCAGACGCAGUUCUGGGUCAAAUCGGUGCGUUCCCGUCCGCUACCGCCGUGCCGUCUCAAUCGGGACGGGUUCCCGGGCUAUCAGGCGCCGGCGCCGUCAAUUCCUCCGCAAGUGAAGCAGUUCAAAAUGGAGACGUUCCGAGUGUUCGACAGCAUUGUGCGUAGGCGGCCGUUCUAACUGCUCUCCUCUCCGCACCGCUUGUUUCAGUUCUCCCGAUCUCACCACUCUCUUUUCAGUUCUUUUGCUUUCAUCUCCUCCCACUUUGUUUGUAUUUAUGAUGAAAUAUAGAUCAGUUGCACGUAUGUUUCGUUCGGCUUAUGCAUUUAGCUAAUGUGCCGUAGAGCGCACUUCCAAAACGUCCCUAAAACAUUCAAAUUGUUGUAGGGAGCCCAGGCGCUCGAGCAGGCUCAACUUCAGCAACAGCAGCAGCAGCAGCAGGUCAAACCUUUUUUUCCAUCGCACUUUUGUUUUAAUUUCAGAGCCAUUGCACCCGUAGCUUCUUGAAUUGCACCCUAAUUAGACACCCUAACUGUUGCCCUGUUCAGCCACAACCAGCCUCAACCACUCCGCAUUUGACGAGAAUUAUCCCAGUGGCAGGUAUGGAAAUCAUGCAUAGACGUAUGUGGAUAAGACUCUUAGAACUGACAAUUUUCGUUGACUGACAAAGUUCGCUCCGAUGAGACUUCUCCGUGGAGCGCUUUUUCUUCUCUCUUGUUUCUUUUCGGUUCUCUCAUCAGUUCGUAGAGCAGACGCCGCCUUUCCUUUUGUUCUCUGUAGUCAUAGCGGUUUCGUUCAGACGGCUUCAAUCGCGGAUCUUCUGGUGAUGCUCAAGUGAUGACGACGACAGAAACGCCCACGCAAGCUCCGUUCGCUCAACAGUCAGUCUUCGUCAUUUUUCAAGAACAUCUUCAAUGUUUCCGUUAUUUCAGACCGAUUGUCCAGCAGACAUUCCGUCCGAUUCCACCAGUAUCUUUUCCUUUCCCACGAGCUUUGCACUCCAAUUCCCCUCAUUUUCAGCGUCCUCGGCAACGAGUGAUUGCUCAGCAGCCGUCCUCGGUCUUCACUCAAAAUAACAACGUUUUCUUCCAAAGAAGGCGCGGCCAGAGCAACUUCGCCGCCGGCCGACAGAAUGUUUUCCAACAACAAGCACUGCAGCAGGCAGUCGGAGGAGGCGGUGGAGAACGUGAGUCUCUUCUAGAUGAUCUCCUCAGAAGAAUACGUUCAGAAUGUGUGGAUCGGGAUCCGCAGGGAAGGUGUCCUCAAUGGCGUCAGUUCUGCUCAUCGCCAACUCAUCAGCGGUACUUGACGAGCUUCUGCGCGAGAACUUGUGGCCUGUGCCGCCGUCAUUGA